AUGGCUGUGGCCGGAGGCGUGAACGUGAUUACUAGCCCGGUUUUGUAUCAAAACAUUGCUGGGGCAUCUUUUCUGAGUCAUAAUGGCGCCUCAAAGGCCUUCGAUGCAGGCGCCAACGGCUACUGUCGAGGAGAAGGGGUCGGAGUAGUGGUGCUUAAAACCCUUACUCAGGCUAUUGCUGAUGAUAACUCCGUUCUCGCGGUUAUCAGAGCGUCGGCUGUCAAUCAGGCGAUGAAUUGCGGCCCCAUCACGGUCCCUGUUUCAGCGUCCCAGACCUCGUUGUACCGGAAGGCACUAUCGACGGCUGGAGUUGAUCCAAGAGAUGUCACGACAACAUCGGACACACUGGGUCAGCAUCCGGUGAAGAACCAAAUCUAUAAGUUACUGGAAGAACAGGGCCUGAUCGAAUGCAACGCUUCCGGUCAAUUCAGACGGACCAAGAAACCAGCGCCCCUCGAGCAGCCUGAAAAGUUGCUGGAGUGGAUCAUCUCGAAGUUCCCGCAGCAUGCAUUUGAGCACACUCUACUCGCAUCCACGGGCUCCAAACUCGCCGAAUGUCUUUCCAGGAAAGCCGACCCACUGGAGAUACUCUUUGGCAUUAUCAAAUCCAGAGCCUUGCUGGAAAACGUCUACACCAACGCCCCUAUGUUCGAAAGUGGCACCCUGAGCUUGACACAGUAUCUUGUGGGCGUGUUUCAAGCCUUUGGUGAAAGAAGACCGAUCCGUAUUUUAGAACUUGGCGCAGGCACAGGAGGAACCACCAAACGGCUUGUGGAGGCUCUCAUCACCACUGGAAAAGAAUUCGAAUACACAUUCACUGACAUCUCGGCCUCGCUGGUGGCGGCUGCACGGCGAACGUUUGCGCAACACAGCUUUUUCCAUUACGCGGUUAUAGACAUCGGGCAAGACCCACCGACACAGUACCAGAAUCAGUACGAUAUCGUUAUCUCAACGAAUUUUAUCCAUGCCACGAAAGAUUUGACCGUCUCGUGCACAAAUGUCAACAAACUGCUGCAUUCAAACGGCCUACUGUGUCUGGUGGAGCUCAGUCGAAACUUAUUCUGGUUCGACCUUGUCUUUGGUCUCCUUGACGGAUGGUGGCGCUUCGAAGAUGAUCGUCAACACGCAUUGGCGAGCGAAAGCUUGUGGAGGAAAUGUCUCACGCGAUCAGGAUUCCAGUGGGUGGACUGGACGGCAGGCGUCAUGGAGGAAUCGAGCAUUCUCCGUGUCAUUGUUGCUUCGCCCUCUAAUGUCAUUCACACUACGACAGAGACGGUCGAGUUCAAACGAGUGGGAGACCUUUCCCUCAUGGCAGAUAUCUACUAUCCUCAAAUUGUCGUCAGCCGCGACAAGAGGCUUCCAGUUGCUCUAAUGAUCCACGGAGGAGGUCAUAUCAUGCUGUCGCGGAAGGACAUCCGCCCCUCGCAAGUUGAAACACUACUCGAUCACGGCUUUCUUCCUGUCAGUAUAGGUUACCGACUGUGUCCGGAGAUCACCUUGUCGGAGGGCCCAAUGAUCGAUGUAUACGACGCUCUUGCAUGGGCACGUACUGUUCUGCCCCGUCUUCCACUCCAGCGUCGUGAUAUUGCUAUUGAUGGCGAGUGUGUUGUGGCGAUUGGCUGGUCUACUGGAGGCCAUCUCGCUCUUACACUGGGAUUUACAUCGUCGCUGAGGACAAUCCGACCUCUUGACGCCACUCUGUGCAUCACCGAGCACACUUAUGCAACACGACCUUUUGCAUGGCGUGCACGACAACUUAUCACGGCCUAUAACCCACCGAAGUCGAGGCGGGCUCUAGAUGGAUGGAUGGCACCUAGCGAUGACCGGUCAUUGAUCGCGCUGCACAUGAACUGGAAGGGCCAUACGCUGCGGAUUUUGCUAAAUGGCUUGUCAAGACACUCAGGGAUACGCCGUGGUGCAUAUACCACCCCUACUUUCAUCAUUCACAGCACGGAAGACGAUCUUAUUCUCUGGAAACAGGCGGUGAGAACUUUUGAAGCACUGCGACAACGCAACGUCAUUGCAGACCUCCGCAUUCUCGACGGUGCAGAGCGCCUUUUCAAUCUCUACCCAUCUUACAAAGAUGAUUUGCAGGCAGCAAAAGCUGUACAGGAUGGGUAUGAAUUUCUUCGUAGGCACGUUGGACUGUGA